CCAGGCUCCUGGAGUGUGUGAUAACCUUGCUCUGCGUCCGGGAGCAUCACUGAAGGAAUGUGGAUGUGGAUCUGGAUGUCCUCCUCUUGUUGCUGAAUUGUUGAUGCAGCCCCGAGUGGUCUGUCUCAUGGUGAUCGGGGUUUCUCUUCUUAUCUCUGUCCGCUCGGACCUACAAUGAUAAGCACCGAGAGUGUUUUGGAGAGUGGGGACCAGCCUUGCAUCCGGCUGGAGCCCCUGAUGAACAAGCACUUGCCGGGAAAUGCGACGCCGACCGCUGGUGGCAGCUGCCCGGACUUCAUGGACAGCAGCACCAAAGUGACAGCCAACGGGGUGCACGACAUCGAGGACCGGAUCCUGAGGAUCACCGGCUACUACGGCUACAACCCUGGAUACUCCAGUCAUAGAAGAGGGGAUGGUUCAGAGUCCCAUGCAGAGACACCAGGCAGCGAGACCAGUGAAGAGAGCCGGUCCUAUCAGACAUGUACCAACACGGCUCUGAAGGUGCUGGGUGGGCUGCUGCUGGUGCUGUGUGUCUCCUCCUCCUGGGUGGGAACCACUCAGGUGGUGAAGCUGACCUUCCAGUCCUUCCACUGUCCCUUCUUCAUCUCCUGGUUCAGUAGCAACUGGAACAUCCUCUUCUUCCCCAUCUACUAUUCUGGACUUGUGGUUACCACACGGGAGAAGCAGACUCCCAUACAGAAAUUCAGAGAGUGCAGUAAGCUCUUUGGGGAGGAUGGGAUGACUCUCAAGCUUUUCGUAAAGAGAACAGCACCCUUCUCAAUCCUGUGGACACUGACCAACUACCUGUACCUCAUGGCCUUGAAGAAACUGACCGCCACUGAUGUCUCUGCUCUCUACUGCUGCCACAAGGCUUUUGUCUUUCUUUUGUCAUGGAUUGUUCUCAAGGACCGUUUCAUGGGUGUUCGGAUUGUGGCAGCCAUAAUGGCCAUCACGGGUAUUGUCAUGAUGGCUUACGCUGACGGUUUCCAUGGUGAUUCUUUCGUGGGCGUGGCAUUGGCUGUGGGCUCUGCCUCCACAUCAGCUCUCUACAAGGUGCUGUUCAAGAUGUUCCUGGGCAGCGCCAACCUUGGAGAAGUGGCUCACUUCCUUUCCACCAUGGGCUUCUUCAACCUCAUCUUCAUCUCCUGUGUGCCCCUGAUCCUCUACUUCACCAAGGUGGAGCACUGGGGCUCCCUGUCCUCGCUGCCCUGGGGAUACCUGUGUGGACUGGCGGGACUGUGGCUGGUGUUCAACAUCUUGGUCCAUGUUGGUGUGGUGCUGACCUACCCCAUUCUCAUCUCCAUUGGGACACUGCUUAGUGUGCCUGGCAAUGCAGCCGUAGAUGUUUUGAAACACGAGGUGAUCUUCAGUGUGGUGCGCCUGGCAGCCACCUGCAUCAUCUGCCUGGGCUUCUUGCUCCUGCUGCUGCCAGAGGAGUGGGACUCGGUCACGCUGCGUUUCCUGGCCACCAUCGCGGACAAGAAAUCGGAGGAUCACGGCGAGGAGCUCACAGAGUCCAGCGUCCACACUCGAAGCCGCAGUCGAGCAAACGGCACGGUCUCCAUUCCCUUGGCGUGACAUGGCUGAGCUCUGCUAGAUAACCAGUCUGUCAACCAUGAAGCCCUGUCUGCUCAUGUUCCCCCAUCGCCCACCCAGGAGGUGUGGCGGGAUGUUCAGUCCACACGGACUCUCAUCAGGAAGACAGGAAGAAUUGUCUUGAACUUCACUCUGGAGAUGCAUCACUUCACUACAGGAGGAGAAAAAUGAGAACAUUCAUGGGUUUUGCUAACUGAAAGAGUGGAAAGUGUUAUUUACUUUCUUGAAAUAUUUGCCACGCUCAGUCCUGUUCCUCGCACGCACCCAAACCAAGAGCUGACUGGCCUCCCCUGACCUGCUCUGCGGACUGUAUUCUGUGAAUAUAAAUAUUGGCAGGGCCUAUUUGGCUCAAUCUUAUAUAAUGACAUUUAUUUAGAGCUGUAUCAAUAAGAGUAUUAUUUUAAGUCUUAUUGAAUAAUAUUAUGUACAAGAAUGGCAAUUAUACUAUGCGUAAUGUACAGGCUCUUUUGAUUUUAUAAUAAAAGACUUAAAACUCACAUUUAUAGCAGUGCAUUACUUGUUUAAAUAAUGACCACAUGACUGUGGUUUUCUAUCAAUAUAUUGGAACAUCUUUAGAUUUCUGUCAUUCACUAACAAGGAUUCAUACAAUGCUAAUGGUGCUUGCAAAGGUUCAUAAAUACCCAUAAUACAUUACCAUUUUAUGGUUUUAUUAUUAUUUCAUUUUUUAGUUAUUACUACAGAAAUAAUCAUUAUAAUUUAUUAAUUGUGCUUAUUUUCUGUGGACUUUGAAUAGUGACCUAUUUCUAACAUCCUGGUUCACUCUUCCACUUCACCUUGGUCUAGUUUUAAGAGAGACACAAAAUUUUGAUGUUCAAGAAGGUUUUAAUUUAGAUUUAAAUCAUUAUUUUUAUAGCCCUCUUGGACUGUAUAAGAGACAAAUUAUUGUUUGUAUCAUGGCUACAAUGUAACAAAUUGCUGUGUGUUUACGGUGGAUUUACAGUAUACGACUGUAUUUUAUAAUAAUUGUAAAAUAUUCAUCCCUCACAUGUAAAUUAACAGUUAAAUCGGUCAAUUAACAACAAUAUAUGGUGUUGUUUUGUUAUUUCUGGAAAAGCCACCC